AUGCAAGUUGCUAUCUACAAGAUGAAGCUAAUAAAAUGGAUUGAGGAAACCAUUGGACUUGUGUUUCCAUUUUCGCGUUCGGAAAUGCAGAAAUUGUGGGCGCAAGCAAUUCGUAGAGACAAGUGCUCACCUACUGCGUACAGUACAAUAUGCAGCAGACACGUUACCGAAAAUUGCUAUAAAGUGAGGCCAGGAGCAUCAUUAAGACUGUUAAAAGAAGAUGCCGUCCCAUCCAUCUUUGAUUUUCCGAAACAUAUUCAGAGAAAGAUGACUGCAAGGCGACAAUUGGUUCGUAAAGAACCUGCUAGUACUCAAGAUGUAAAUCACACAGGUGUACAACUGGAAAAGUCUCCUGAAGCAGUUGCUGAAAAUAAAGGAAUUCAGGCAAACCUCCCUUCACUAUCGAAAACAAAUUUAAGAAAGAAGAUAAGAAGAUUGCAAAUGACUGUAGGCCGACGAAACAAAAACAUUUCGACAAUGGCACAGCUGAUUAAUGAACUUAAAAAAAAGGACACCUGA